UCAUCAUUCUUCGUCCGCUCAAACACUGGAAGCGCCAAAUUCCUUUCCACGCUCGAUCUCUUUUUUCUCCAAAAAUUUUCGAAAAAUUCUCUCGAUUUAGGGUUUCCGAUUGGGAAGGAUCUCGUCAGGAUCAUUCUCUCGGUUGAAUUCGUGAAGCAUGAGUUCUGGGGAUGAGAAUCCGGUGGCCGGUGGCGGAUUUUUCUCGGCGAUCACGUCGAGCAUCAAAGGAUGGGGCACCGCGAUGCAUAAAUCUGUCAAUGGGUUAUUGGGUUAUGAAGGGCUUGAAGUGAUAAAUCCUGAAGGAGGCACAGAAGAUGCAGAGGCAGAAGCUCAAAGAGGGAGGUGGAAGCAGGAGGAUCGUGAUAGUUAUUGGAAAAUGAUGAAUAAGUAUAUAGGAGCAGAUGUUACAUCAUUGGUGACACUUCCAGUGAUCAUAUUUGAGCCAAUGACAAUGCUUCAGAAAAUGGCGGAGUUGAUGGAGUAUACUCAUUUGCUAAAUAUGGCGGAUGAAUGUGAAGAUCCUUACAUGCGGUUGGCCUACACGUCCUCAUGGGCAGUUUCUGUUUACUUUGCCUAUCAAAGGACUUGGAAGCCUUUCAAUCCUAUACUUGGAGAGACUUAUGAAAUGGUCAAUCAUAAUGGAAUUACAUUUAUUGCAGAGCAGGUCAGUCAUCAUCCUCCAAUGAGUGCAGGCCAUGCUGAGAAUGAGCAUUUCACAUAUGACAUCACUUCCAAAGUAAAGACCAAAUUCCUUGGAAAUUCAUUGGAAAUAUAUCCUGUUGGAAGGACAAGGGUGACCCUUAAAAAGUCUGGUACAGUCUUGGAUCUGGUGCCACCUCCCACAAAGGUUAACAACCUUAUAUUUGGACGCACAUGGAUUGACUCACCUGGGGAGAUGAUAAUGACAAAUUUGACAACUGGUGACAAAGUUCUCUUAUAUUUUCAACCAUGUGGUUGGUUUGGGGCUGGUCGAUAUGAAGUAGAUGGGUAUGUAUACAAUGCAGCAGAAGAACCUAAAAUACUGAUGACUGGAAAGUGGAAUGAGUCUAUGAGCUUCCAACCAUGUGAUCAUGAGGGAGAGCCUCUUCCAGGCACAAACCUGAAAGAGAUCUGGAGAGUUGCAGCUACACCAGAAAAUGAUAAAUAUCAAUAUACAUAUUUUGCUCACAAGAUUAACAGCUUUGAGACAGCACCCAAGAAAUUACUGGCAUCUGAUUCCCGACUUCGUCCUGACCGAUACGCUCUUGCGAAUGGUGACAUGUCCAAGUCUGGUGCAGAAAAGGCAAGCCUGGAGGAACGCCAAAGAGAGGAGAAAAGAAAUCGAGAAGUUAACAGUCACCAGUUUACUCCAAGAUGGUUCAACAUAAGCAGUGAAGUUUCUCCCACACCCUGGGGUGAUCUGGAAGUAUAUGAGUACAAUGGCAAGUACUCUGAGCACAGGGUAAUGGUUGAUAGCUCAGAGGUCAACGAAGAGCUUGACAUCAAUUCUAUAGAGUUCAAUCCGUGGCAAUAUGGUAAUCUUUCUGCUGAAUGAGAUUUGAAGAAACUCUGCAACAUAAAAAAGGAGCAGACUGAGUAACAGGACAUCAUCUUCAACCAAAAGCUACCCAGGUAUAUCCCCAUCUUCUCCUCUUCCAUUUAUAUUAUAUGGAUGUUGUUAUCUUUGGAAUUGAGGGUCCACUUGUUUGUGCCAUAUGAAUUGUUGAUUAGGUGUAUGUGGACUGUGUGUCCCAGUUCCAUUUUUCUUGAAAAAUUCAUAGUAUUUUGGACUGCAUUGCUUUUA